AUGGAUCUAGUGUUUGGUGUUUAUGAGCCUGAGAUAAUGGAAGAUCAAGGCACGGACGGCCACCAGCUAAGUGCGGCCAAUCCCAGGCUGGUGCGGCGCGUGCUGUGUGACGGCGAGUGGUGGUGUGUGGCGGUGUGUGCUGUGGUGAGUGCUGAGAGGGCUGCAGCAGGGGGGAGCCGCGGGGUAUGGCCAGGUCGCUGCCGAGGGACUACGGGGCCUCGCUGCGGGACCUGGCCUCCGCCGCCCCCGCAGCCCCCGCGGCGGCCCCGCGCCCUCGGGGUGCGGCGGGACCACCUGGGGGGCUCCUGGGAUCAGCUGGACACUCCCCGGCCUCCGCAGCCCCAUUUGAGGGCGUCCUGGGACCACCUUGGGCCAACCUGGGGUGACGUCCCGAGUGGCGAGGCGCCUCGCGGUGUGGACGCGCUGCUCACCCACACGCUGCGGCCCUCCCGCCACGAGGCAGGCACCCCCGCCCGCACCGCCCCCUCCCGGGACGUGGUGGACGAGGGUGUGGGCGAGGUGGUGUCGCCGCGGGACUCUGUGGCGGGCGCCAAGGGCCUGCUCAACGCGCCGGGCCAGAACAACUGCUUCCUCAACAGCGCCGUGCAGCCCAUCCCAGCCCAUCUCAGCCCAUCCCAGUCCAUCCUAGUAGAUCCCAGCCCACCCCAGUCCAUCCCAGUCCAUCCCGGCCCAUCCCAGCCCAUCCCAGCCCAUCUCAGCCCAUCCCAGUCCAUCCUAGUAGAUCCCAGCCCACCCCAGUCCAUCCCAGUCCAUCCCGGCCCAUCCCAGCCCAUCCCAGCCCAUCCCAGCCCAUCCCAGUCCAUCCUAGUAGAUCCCAGCCCAUCCCAGCCCAUCCAAGCCCAUCCCACCCCAUCCCAGUCCAUCCCAGCCCAUCCCAACCCAUCCCCAGUCCAUCCCAGAUUGCAUGAACAAGACGUCUCAUCAAUAUUUCGGUAG